GGUAAUUGAAAUCAACCCUAAGCUCCUUGUUUUUCCGCUUCAAAGGUAACCCCGAUUAUUACUGACUUAAGCAUCGGAGUGUCUACCCCGAGGAUCCACCUCGGGGCUUUGCAGGUCAAUCUAGAGAGCAGAUACGGACUGAAGAAGGACUUCCGGUUUGGUGCAGUUACAUUUUUGGCGUCGUCUGUGGGAAAUUGAACUAAAGGCUCUUUUGUUGCUCUUAUCAUGGUGAAAACUAGGUCAGCCCGAGGUGGAAACUCGUCUCAGCCUCUUGGACGAGGUCAGGUUCCCAGCAACCUUCCGCCUCAUCCCCCACCCCCAAUCCCAAAUACGGUCCCUUCUGUGGACCAUGCAGAAGGAGAAGACGAAAAUCAACCACACAAUUCGGUUAGCAACUCAGCCUAUACUGCUAACCAAGACGUAGUCGCAACUCAGCUCGCUGCCAUGCAGCAGCAGUUUGCCCCACCACAAGAUCCUGACCCAGUUCAACAUGCUCCCCCUGUUAGUGAAUCUCAGGGCCAAUCUCACAUCGCACCAGUUAUGCAACCCCCUCGUGAUGAUGUCACUCGACGUUUAGAUAGCUUAGAAAAGCUAGUGGUCAAACAGCGAGGCAUCCCACCUCCACACCCUGCUGCUGACUCCGUACCUCACCCUCUCAACACCAAUAUUAUACUGGAACCCUACCCCGCUGGCUUCCGAAUACCACAGCUUGAAACUUAUGACGGGACGAAGGACCCCGAUGAUCAUUUACAUGCUUUUUACUCUUGCAUGCAGGCCCAGAAUGCCUCUGACGCGUUGAUGUGCAAAAUCUUUCCCUCUACUCUCCGAGUGCUAGAGGUUAACUCUUUCGACCAAGCAGUGGGCAUUACAGCUGUGAUCUCGGGUCUCGGCCAUGAAAGAUUCAGAGACAGUCUGCUUAAACAUCCCGCCACCACCUUCAGUGAGGUAAACGAUAGAUUGUUGAAAUUCAUAACGGCUGAGGAAUAUGCCCUGUCGCAACACCUAACUCCUAUUAAGAGCCAACACCCGGACUGGAGAGAUGAGAAUCCGAACAGGAAACGGAUGAAGACAACACAGAACCGAGGUCCGAUGUCGACUUCCACCCCGAGAUUCGGAAGGCCGAACUCAGCACUUCCGCAACAACCUACAGGUAAACCUCCAGUGAAUUGGACUCCUUUUAAUUUGCCGAGGUCACAAAUUUUUAUGCAGAUUAAGAGUAAAAUGGACUUACGACGUCCGGGUCCAAUGAAAACUGCUGCUGCUACCAGAGACCAUACUAGAUACUGUGAUUUUCACCGGGAUCACGGUCAUAUAACAGAGCAAUGUAAUAGUCUGAGGUCCGAACUGGAAAGUCUGGCACAGAAAGGAAUGUUGAAUGAGUAUAUCCAGAGAGUGGAACAGCCAAGGUUUGUCAGAGAACAAGGGCCACAGCAUCAAGCAAUCCGCAAUCCCCCAAACAGACAAGGUGUGGGAUAUCAGCAAGCCCCACCCCCACUCCCACCACCAGCUAGAGUCAUACACAUGAUUACGGGAGGUUUGGAAGCUGGUGGACUGAGCUCUAAGCAGCGGAAGCUGUAUGUCAGAGAGGUUAGGCAUCAGAACCGAGCUCAGAAACAAAAAUUUGACGAUGCUGAGUGGAAGAAUCAACCCAUCACUUUCACGUCUGCUGAUCUUGAAACAGUUGUCACACCUCACAAUGAUCCUCUAGUCACUUCUGUCACAAUCAACAAUUGUGAGGUGCAGCGUGUCCUUGUUGACACCGGGAGUGCACCAGACAUCAUGUACUUCCAUUGUUUUGAGAGUCUUGGGAUAGAUCCAACUCUGUUGCAGCGGUAUGAUGGUCCCAUCUACGGGUUCAACAACCAACCAGUUCCAGUUGAAGGAGUCCUCACCAUGAAUGUUGCCUUUGGAAGUGGCCGCAGUUAUGUGACCCCUUCAAUUCUGCAAAAGCCUGAGUGUUCUGGAAGAUUAAUUAAGUGGGCAGUAGAACUGGGGGAGUUUGAGAUAACAUUUCAGCAGAGAUCUGCAAUCCGAGCUCAGGCACUGGCUGAUUUCAUUGUAGAGUGCACUCCAGCCCUGCUACUGGGUCUGCAGCUAGCCUUGGAAUUAAAACUCAGUGCGAUCCAAGUAUACAGCGACUCUCAACUAGUGGUGAACCAAAUUAACUCAAUUUGCGAAGUUGUUGAUCCUAUGAUGGCAAAUUCACUCUCUAAAAUCGCCUCUGAUAGUUCUUCACAUCCCAGAUCAGUUUUUGUGGAGGUCUUAGAUGAACCAAGUUUCGUGAAGCCGCGGGUGAUGGAGAUCAGCACCAACCCAGGCACACCGAGCUGGACUGACCCAAUCCUUUCAUUCUUACGAGAUGGGAUAGUACCUGAGGACAGGCAAGAGGCAAUGAAGUUGAGGAGGAAAGCAUCCCGGUAUACACUUGUUGAUGGGGUUCUCUAUAAGCGAUCUUUCUCUCUACCUCUUCUACGUUGCUUGAAUCCCUAUGAAGCAGAAUAUGCACUCAGGGAGGUACAUGAAGGUGUCUGUGGAAGUCACGUAGGUGCUCGAACUUUGGCUCAUAAAGUCCUUAGACAGGGUUAUUAUUGGCCAAACAUGUACAAGGAUGCCACUCACUUUGUUCAGAGAUGUUUGAAAUGCAAGUUCUUUGCGCACCUGACUCACCAGCCUGCAGAAGAGCUCACUACUCUGGUAGCACCAUGGCCAUUUGCUCAGUGGGGAUUGGAUCUUUUGGGACCAUUCAUAAAAGGGGUUGGUGGUGUAACCCACUUAAUUGUUGGUGUAGAUUAUUUCACAAAGUGGGUUGAAGCUCGGCCGUUAUCCAGUCUUACUUCCAAGAAGGUUGAAGACUUUGUUUUCAGCUCAAUUAUCUGUAGAUAUGGGAUCCCGAAUCAGAUUGUGGCUGAUAAUGGAACUUAAUUUAACUACACCUCUUUUCGAGAUUUCUGUUCCAGCUACGGGAUUAAACUGCAGUUCACCUC